AUGAGUCAUCAUCGGAGACAUCUUCGUUCCCCUCCGCAUUUACAAGCACCGUCGGACAUGCUCAAGCAUACGGACCGAGGACGCGUUUACCUCUCUAGAAGAAAUAAAGCGGUCGUGGUCAUAGAAGGCAGUCCUGCCGCUUUCUGCGUCGCCACAUACGAAGGCCUGCCAGAGGAGAAGGCCGCACAGGCGACAGGCCGUUUCUCACUGAAGGCCACUCUGGAGGCUGCUCCAUCAGGGCACCUCGACGGCCAAGCCCUCUACCUCGUUUUCGAUCUCCAGAAAGCAGGCGACGUGACUGGGGCGUGUGACUUUUGUGCCCUGAAUUUAAAUUGCUCCACUCGGGAAUAUCGCGUUGAGAGCUACGGGGCCGGAGGAAAUCUACGCGUCCUCCAGACCGCUGCGAACGUGGCGGCACUCCGCCCCAACGAACCGGUUUCCGUGCGGCUCAUGUUUCAUGCUGACGUGAUCAGCGUGGAGAUAAAUGAGGCUAUCGUGACGGACAGCCUCCACGUCGGUCGCUGGCCUGCUCUGCCAGUCGAAUGUGCAUAUACGCGCGGCGUGGGGGUUGCGGUAUACGGUCGGACGCGCGCCCUCGUUUCCAAGUUCUCACUCACUUCAGAGUGCCCGACUCUGAGAGUCGCGAGACCCUCCCUCUCUUUGGGAAGUGAUGAGCUAACUGCGAGAUCCCUCGCCACCGUGGAACGCACGGCGGACUGCUCAUUUGCCUCGACCAGGCUCGUGGAGGAAGAGGGACCCCGCCGGGACGCCGAGGAGACGGAGCUCGCCGCCAUGCUUGAGCGCGACAUUCUUCGCGAGCCCCUCCAGGUCUCUUUCGACGACGUGGCGGGUUUGUCAGACGCGAAGCGCCUGCUGAAGGAGGCAGUGAUUCUUCCUUCGCUUCUUCCGGAGUUGUUCAGAGGUGUGCGAGAGCCGUGGAGAGGCUUCCUGCUGUUUGGGCCUCCAGGGACCGGCAAAACCCUUCUGGCGAAGGCAGUGGCGUCUGCGACGCAGUGGACGUUUUUCGCGUGUUCGCUGGCGACUCUCACCUCCAAGUGGCGCGGCGAGUCUGAAAAACUCAUUCGCGCUCUCUUCCAAACGGCUCGCGCCAGGGGCCCAACUGUCCUUUUUUUCGACGAAAUCGACGCCCUGAUGGCCAGGCGGGGGUCGGCCUCAGAGCACGAGGCCUCGCGCCGCGCAAAGAGCGAGCUGCUCAUUCAGCUCGAUGGCUUAACUGCUGCGGCGGUUCGUCGCAACCGGGCCGGCGAGGAGCCUGAAACAGACACAGGCGGAGAAGGGCUCGCCCCUGACCACAUUUUAGUCCUCGCCACCUCAAACACGCCGUGGGACAUUGACGACGCUCUGCGGCGCCGCCUAGAGAAACGGAUCUACGUCCCGCUGCCUGACCGGGCGGCGAGGGAGCACCUGCUGCGCAUUCACGUGGGAGAUAUUUCUUCAGCUGAAGACCUCGAUUUGUCCACCGUGGCGGAUCGCACGGAGAAUUUCUCUGGUGCCGAUCUCCAGCACCUCUGUCGCGAGGCCUGCAUGAACCCGAUUCGUCGCGUUUUCGCCGAUCUCUCCCUCGACGAAAUAAGGGAAAAACGUGCAACGGGCGCGUUCGAUAAAGACGCAGUUCAAGUCACCAUGGCAGACUUCGAGCAAGCCCUGCAGAAAGCGAGACCGUCGAUAAACGCUGCAGAGAUCAAGAAAUAUGAAGCAUGGGACGCGGCGUUCGGCAACCGAUGA